UUUCAUUUUCGGUGAACUCCUCCAACAAACCGAAACUGAUCCUGGACGGAGAGGAACUUGUUUACGAUCUCUGGUCAGGGUAAGAUUAUCGUCGUUUACCCCUUUUAUCAAGAAAUGUAAUCACUGUCACACUAGAAUAUGUUUUAUAUCACUUCUUAACCCUACCUUGAUUCAACCGGGGUGUUAUAUGUAGAUCUACUGGAACACAAACAACUUGAAGCACCUUUGAAAGUGGUAUUUGUUGAACAUUCACCAUUGGCUUUUGUGCGGAUUAAACGCACCUGAGAUGGCGCUAUAGUUCGUGUUUAUCCAGCCGUGGGCCUACUUGUAUGGAGAGUUUAGCUAAUACUGCGUUCGUGUUAACGGUGAGUCCUCUGGUGCUCCUAAACAAUAUGUAAAGUUUAUGAGACCCUUUUAACCAGUUUUAAGUAUUUGGAAAGUGUUAAAGGAGUGUGUAGGACUAAUUAAAACCGAAGUGUGUUGUUUAUUAUUGCUGUUGAGACCGAAAAAUCAAGUUGAAUUUAAGCUAGUUUACGCACAGUUCGACAGAUAAUUUCGCGGGUAGGGGAGAGUGGAGUAAGAUGAGCCAUUUUUCAUAUUUCGGAUCACUACAUCAAGACAAUCAUGGUUUUGUCUCUAAAAAGUGUAGCUGCAUAUAUUUUAAGAUGUUGUGCAUCCCUGCAAACCAACAAAAUGAGUGUAAACAUAACUGUCUUGAUAAUAUUGCAUGCCAAAAUACAGUGGUCUCCACCAUAGCGGGGUAAAUUGUGCCGUAUAGUGUUGUGUCGUUCGCAAACGAUUUGUUAAAAAGAACCGAAUCUUUUAAGUGAACAUACUGAACCGAAUAACUUCCUCGAGUGAUUCGUUUGUUUCUCACUUCAUUUGAGCUGAAGUGAGAAACAGCAUUGCCAGGUCAGCAGCCGGCGAAUGAAAGCAUUGUCACUCUAUCAUGAUUAACAGAUAGUAUCAUGUGAUGGGUUUUGUUUGUGUUGGCAGUUUUACAUGAAUCAUCAUGGAGAAGUCAAGAUUUUGGAAAUACCAGCAUAGCAUGCUGACAUAAGCAAUAAACCCAAAGCCACACAAUGCCACAAACCCAGACAAGAAAUCUUUGUUGAGCCCUUGUUGACUGUUUUUGUGAUCUCUGUACAGUGUAUAAGAAUAUUUGGCAAUCAAGCUGCCACAUUCUAGUUUGAAGCUCCCUUGCUCACCCCCUCUGUUAUGAAAUUAUGGUGGCCUUCAAGGACAAAAAUGCUGUGUCUGAUGCACAAUAAGUACAGUACUUCAUUUGUGAAGUUUUACACUGAAAACAUCCAUGAAUACAAAUUCCCUUUCCCAUAACAACCAUCCAUUUUUUCAUCUUUGUCCUUUGUUCAUUAGGCCACUUGCUUAAUUUUAAAAUGGCCUGUUUGUAAGUUAUCUGUCAUGUCCUCUGGUGAAACAUGGGGACAAUUUAACCAGUUUGCAUACAAGUAAUAAUUUCAAAAUGUUUUUUUUUUCAUGUCUUUAUUCAGAUGGAAAAAAUAUUUACCAUACUUGAGAAGUUCAGACUGGAAACUUACUACAACCAGUUUUUCUAUCUGGGUGUAAAAGAUGAAAGAGAUUUCCUCGACAGUGUAACAGAUGACAACCUGAAGAACAUGGGUAAGAAAAAAAAUUAACUCAUAGUCCAUUUUGACCAGAGCAUGUAUCACCCAUAGUCUACAAGGUGCACUUGUUUCAUUUGAUCAAUGGUCUUUUACUUUCUAUCAAUGACAAUUACACCUUAUAGUAUUUAAUAACAUUAACCCUACUUGUAAUGGGGUUACAGUGGUGCUAGUAAAGUAUUUUGGAUACAUAUUUUUACUACAAGGAAUAAUAACCCUCAAAGGAAGACAGAUGUUAUCUUUUUUUAGCUGAAGAAAGUCUGUUUUCCUUUCACAAAAUACAAACCCACGUCCAAAAAAGAGAGACACAGUGUAAAAUAUAAAUAGAGAAGGAAUAGUUGAUGGUUUGCAAAUUAUUUAAACCCUGUAUUUGCUCGAUGAAAAAUGUAUGCUCAUUUAAAAUUUGAUGCCAGAAUCAGGUUUAGAAAAAGGUGGGAUGGGGACGUGUUACCAUUGUGCUGUGUCACAUCUAACAGCGCUGUAACUACAUGAGAAUCUAGAGGGAUCUGUUUCUGGUUUUCUAAAAUUAACAAGAAAUUAAACCCUAAUUUUUCAUACUGUGACAUAUAAGCUACUUCAGUAGUAAAACAUCCUUUUUUUGACUCUCUCAGGUUUCAGCCAUGUGGAAAAGAACCGUUUUGAAGCCAUGAAGAACUACAUUCAAAGGCUCAGAGCUCCAGGGCGCCAAGUUCAAACUGUGGCCCCUGUGCAGAAAUCACUGGAGCCAUUCUGCCUAAAGUACACGUACCCUAAAUGCCCCCAACUGAAACAAAUUAAAGGUCUGAGGAAACAUACCUUCUGUAAUCUACUUCUAUCACUGGAGGAACUUGGAUCAGCCGCUGACUUGUUAUUCACAUAAUCAAUAGUGGAACUCAUAAUAACAGUCUUUUUUAACUUCAUAGAUAUGGAUCCGGUGCAAAACACUGUGGAGGAUCUAAUGUUAAGGAUUGGUCAUCUUGAAAGUAUUGGCAACACCAGAGGAGUCUGUCUCUACACAAUCGAUGGGAUGCCCCUGUCUGACGACCCCUUCUUCAACACCUGUGAGCGAACCUGAACAGUUUUUAACAGAAAAGAGUUGAAAGCAGUUUUUCAGUUUUACUUUUUUAUUUGACUUUGAUAUGACUACAAUAAUUUUACACAUGCUGAGGCAUUUGUACUCUUGAAUCAGGGCAGAGCUGACAGAAAAUUAAGAUGCGUUAAAGUCUCAUCUUUUCUUCUGGAGUUUGUUGACUAAUGCGCUCAAGGUUGGGGGACUGUGGGGCUCAUGAGUAGAAGGUAUUCAUCAGUUGGACUGCAAAAGGUUGAAUGAUGACGUUGCUCUGUAUCUGCUGAAACAUUAAUCAUAUUAAUCAUAUUGAUUGUUCUUGUUCAAUGCAGGGUCUCUGAAAGACAGACAUAUUCAAAAUGGAAAUGUAAUUUACGCCAUAUUUACACCAAAGGAAAACCUGAAACAGGCUCCGCAGGUCCUGAAGCGAGAAGUCGGAGAAACAAAUGGAGAUGACGUAGUUCGAUGUCACAUAAUGCUCAGGGUGUGUCUAGAAUAAGUUCAAUUGUUUGUGUACGUAUUCAUGCAAGCUGAUUUAUGUGCUCGACUUUCUCUCUGUAUAUUCUAACAUAUAUUUGUCUUAAUAUUUGUGCUUCUUUAAGGGAGAUUUUGAGGUGUUUGUGAACUUAGCAAGUGACACCAUCACCAGCCUGAGACUCAAGCUGGCAAAUGAGAGUGGAAUCCCAGCACAUGUCCUUUAUUACAAGUAAGUCCAUUUUACCGCUCCAAAUACUAAUGUUGUUGGUAAUGGAGACAUAUCUCCACCCGUCAAUACUUUCCUCACUUCCCUUGUGAUUGUAGGGGUGAACAUGGCAGCGGUGACACCCUGCAGAGUUGUGGAAUCUCUGAGAGGUCGACGGUUUUCUUCUCUUUGUCCACCUUUUGUGAUGAGACGCCCCACGAUGAGACGUUCUUCAUCAAUGAUGUUGUGCCCUCAGUGCAGCAGACCCAGAAAGGAAUCAGUGUGUUCCUGUCUUCCCUUUGUGUUAUUGUAAGUUUUACAUAAAGUCAAAUUGAACAGUCCUGCUGAGAAGCUCUAUGAAUGGCACCAGUUUAGCACAGUUCAGGCUGAAGUCUCUCAACAGCUUUGAAAUAUGAUGCCUACAGUUUGGUCAGUAUUUAUUGCGAUGACUCUACUGAGCCCUCAGUACGGUUUGGAAAAUUCUGUGAAUUUUCAAAGUUGAAAACUUUCCAUGGGAAUUAACAGGAAUAAAUCUGAAAUUAAAAAAAUUGAGGGUUGGCCCUCAAUAAUAUCAAAAGUAUGUUUUGAUAAUAUUAUUAUAAUAGUAUUAACAUUUAACUUGCAAAAAUUAGAUAAAAAUAGGUUCUAAAUGUAAGCUAUUUUUCAUUUGGUGGUUGCUACCUCAAAUGUUAUGCUGUUUCUUCUGACUCCGGCAAGACGGUUUUCUGUAACCAUACAAUGUUUAUACAUCAAUUCUCAAAUAUUUUAAAGACCCUUCCAGUUGUUUAGCCAACUAUAUUUUUGUUUAUUUGCAUUAGUGGUUUUAUAAGCUUUUUUGUUAUUUUAUCCUACAGAAAAAUGCUACGUUCGCCAGCUGAUGUUUUUAAUUGUGUUAUUUUGCGUGGAUGUCUGCUUAUGACAAAACAAAAGUAUUUACAUUUCUGUUUGGAUAUGAUACAGUUUGUUUAAAUUACCCCCAACUUCCAGUUAAUUCCCAUAAAUUCCCAAUAAUUCCCAUAACUUCCCAUGGAAAGUUUCUGGAAAUUUACCUGAAAUUUACCGGAAUUUUCCGCCCCUUUGCAACCCUAGCACUUAGCAUCAGUUUAUUGGCAGUGUCCUUAAAACAUGGAAGCAUCAUGGAUGUAUUUUGCAUGCUGGCUUUUUUGAUUCAGCUUGCAAGCCUGCCUGCAUGGCACCAGUCUGCUACUGAUCUAAAAAUAAUAGCUAAGAUGUCGACCUAUGUUAUACAUUUGCUUUUAUUAUCAUUCUCACUGUUCCUUACCGCUGUACUGAAAUACCCUUUUGUCUUCUAGAAACAUCAUUGCACAAACGAGCAACUGAAGAAGAUGAUCUCCUACAUCCGUAAACUGACUGGAUGUAACCCGCUCGCCCAAAGUUUGCAUCAGUUACUUUCCAGAAACGAAACCUUGACCCGGAAUCAGAAGGUAAAUAAUGGUCAAGGAUAUAUUUACACCACUGUGCUGUACUUUCUGAUGUUGGUCUUCUUCUUGGCUUCAUGCAUAUUGAUUAGUGCAUCCAUGCCUUUGGAUGUGCUUCCUCAUGUGCCUCAGGUUGCAGUUGUUGAAGGCCUGUACAUGCUCUUCAGAGAGCUCCUGCCUCAACGUGGAGGAGGACAGCGAGGGGAGAAACUGAUUGAAGAUCUGGAUGUCUUUGAGAACUCCCUCUACUGCUGGGCUCAUCUCACAUCAGAAGCAGAAGUAAGACGUCAUGAUGUUCUGAGAUCAGGUUCCUUUUAAAGACUGGAUUUAAUAUCUCUCAACACUUUAUAUAAAUGUCGACAUAAAGAACUUUGACUCUACAGUCAUCCGCUCGACUCGUCAGGCCUUGACUUCUUCUGCCCGCCUUAUUUUAACAGAAACUGACACCGAGCCAUGAGAACUACGCACUAAUAACUCUCAAGUCUGAAAAUGGCAGCCGUUUCUGCGAACCAGUCAAAGUACCUGGAGUACCGGGCGCCUUUGAGCGAGCUGAUGUUAUCCAGAAAAUCAAAGGUAAAACAAAAACCUGAUAGGUCUGAGUAGACGUACAGUGGUUAAUAUGAGGGGAGGCAUCAUGGUAAAUGAGAAAAGCUGCUUUUAUUAAUAGUGGGAAGCAGCAAAAUCCAGUAGAACCAGCUUCAACUUGUUAUCCAACUAAAAUAUGGUUUACUAACUAUUCAAACAUCUCAGUUUUGAACUCUGUGAGGAGCAUUUAAAAACCCGACAGCAGUAAACAGUAAAGAUAAAACGCUGCCGGCUCUUAGUGUUUCUUUUGCGAAACAUCAAAACGCAUUAAAGGCGUACACACAUGCCCUGAAGAUGCCACCCUGCUGUUGGGAAAACCACUUUUAAAACAAACAUGAUUUCUUUUAGAAGUUUGCCUCCCUCAUUUGCAGCUUUUUUUUUUCCUCUUUCAUUAAGAUGGAGAGAAAAUACCAAACUGCAGCGUGGAGGUUUUGCAUGAAACAUCUUUACAGAGAGCCAACGACAUUGAAAAGAUCCUGCUCAGUUUGCCUCCAUUCAUCAAAACAUACGCUCUUUGGAUCGACCAUGACAACAUGACCGGAAGUCAGAAGUUUGUAUCUUCAUAUUUUUACUUUAAUCAAACUUAAUCACACGUUUUUCGCUGGUUUCAACAAUAUGCAACACAACUCUAAAUAGAUCAGUUAGCUUUAUACUUCUCUCUCACCAACAAGCAAAACCAAUUAAUUACGAAAAAAUAGUGUAAAUUAGUGGAAAAGUUAUUGAUUCCAGCCUUGAACCUCAUUUGAGUCUUCUCUUUUAUGAUUGAACAGCUUUCAGGUAAACAUUGACAAGACCUUUGGAAGCAUGGUGGAGGAACUGAAGUCUCCAUCCUAUCAAUGGCUCAAUGUGACUCCACCUCUGCAUUUGAAGGAUUUGGGGCAUUGUGUAAACUGCCUUGUCUUGCUGAGUGAAGGUACCCUCAUAAAGAUAAGAUAAGACGAACUUUAUUAAUCCCUGAAGGAAAAGUCAAUGGAUUAACCUCAUUAAAUAUGGAUUAUUUCCUCCUGUGCACACACUCAGAUGGUAUCUGCAUGCAUUUUCUGAUUUUUUACUCUGAUCUAACUGGACAGCAUUGUUGUCAUCUUUCUCCUCAGACAACCUCGGGGUGUGUUUUUCCAAAGAGAAAGGAUCCCCUGAUAUGAUCAAUGUGCUUGACUGUUUAGCUGGCAAAGACAUAACAGUGGAUAUAAAUGUGCUGGAAGCAAGGUAGAGUAUCUCCAAAUGCUUUAUAUCCACCCAAUAUUCCCCAGAGUCAAGGAAGCACACUUAAAUAUGACAUAUUUGUUUUUACACACAGGACAGGAGAUCACAGAGAUGACCGAACGUUUGUCACGACCAGGACUCCAACAGAGGCUGUACUGGUUUGUAACAUUUAGUCCAGUCCUUCACUGAUCAUUUCUUUUUGAUGAAUCAAACAUGAAGCAUAAACCGAUUACCAAUACACAUGAAAUAAAAACAAUACUUUUUCAUACUGGAUAAGAUUUGGAGCACUCCGUCAGUUUGAUAUCCUUGAUUUGAACCUUUAUUAGGUUCUGAUAGACACGAGCUCCUCCAUGGAGGAAGAGUGCUACAGAAGUGCUGAAAUCAAGAAGAUCGAUGCUGUCAAAGAGCUCUUUGACAACUUUGCGACAAGAACCAUGGCUUAUGAUUUCCAUCAUGUCAUCGGCCUCGUGAAGUUCGACUCCAUGGUGAAGACUCUUCACACGUUCACUGAAAACCUGGAAAAGUUCAAGGUAAAUUUAAUUUGAUUUUGAUUAAACUUACUGAACCCGGAUGGAAAUGAAAGCAGAAAAAUUGAGUUCAUUUCUCUCUGUAGGAACAUAUUCGUAACAUAGAGGCGAGUGGUUGCACUCUGUUGUACGAUGCCCUUCGACGCGGGGCAUCUGAGCUCGAAAAGGUGAAGGCGAGGUUCCCAGAUUGUCGACUUCACAUCAUGUGUCUCACUGAUGGAAAUGACUCAGGGUACAUUUCUUUCACUGUUCAAAUCAGUUGAGAAACCUUGUAAAUACUUCAGCCCUGAGUUCGUAUAUUUAUCUGACAGUGUUAAAAAAAAAGGACCAAAAUCCUGAAAAACAAGCUGACAUAUCCUCUGUACUUCCAUAGAUCCUCCAUAGAGCCAGCUGCUGUCACUGCCAAGCUGCUGAAAUCUGACAUCGUUGUGGACUCGAUCCUUCUUGGAGAUGUGGAGAACAAUAUGCUGCACGGAAUCAGCAAUGCAACAGGUAAGAGGUGGCAUCAUUCACCGAGUCCCUGUCACAUAUUAGACAGGAUUAUUGGGGCCUACUGUAGUUGCAGAGUUUGGUGUGUUUUUUUAGUGAUUUAAACUUGAAUGAAAUCAUCACUGAAUCUGCACAAGUUAUAUAGAGCUCACAUGUAAGCCUGGAUAUUCAACACAGAACAUCUUUCUUCAUGCACUCACUCAGGCCCUUGUUUACCUCUUAUGCACGUGGCUUCCAGGUGGUUGCUGUUUUAAACCACAGACGACCAAAGAGGGUCUGAAGCUCUUUGAGAUGGAGACAGUCUUGUCCUUAGAGCAGAGGAAACUGAAGACAAAACUGGACCCAUCCUCCAUCACUGAGGUUAGUUUUGUAGAUCAUUUGAGGGGUUAUGAAAAUGACAGAAAUCAGAUUUGAAUUCUGCACACUGUCUUUGUGAACUUCAAUGUUUGUCCCUUUCAUAGAGAACUUUGUUAAGUAUCUUCAGCACUCAUGAGUAUGACGAGUGUCCCGAGACUUUAAUGCCAGACCAGAUAAACAGCAAAGUGACAGUGACGGAGAGGUGAGUGAUUUCGUUUUUGCAUAUCUACUAAACGGGGCCUGAAAGUGGCUGCGCUAAGGUUGUAAAAAGUCUGUAAAAAUAAACUUAAGCGUUUUUUUUUUUGAAUAAUUUUUAUUUGGAAGUUUAUAAGCACAGAUUUAUAAGAUUUUUAUAUUACAUAUUUCCACUUUUUUUUUCUUUUAAUUGGAACAGAGAACAAUCCCUCCACAGAACAUAGAACACAUGACUCCGUAUGUAAGGGUUAGCAUAAAUUCAAAUAACAAAGCAUUUACAGGUGAGGAUACGCUAUACCUACUUCUAAUAUAUGUAAUUACAUGUGUAAUUUACAUGUAAAGUGCGCCGAAUAAAAAUAGAUGUAGAGCGUAGUUAUAACACAAGACACAUACAUACAGAAACAGUUUUAACAUGUAAAGGUGGAAUGCAAGGAGGAAAAACAAAACAAAAAACCUACAGGCCGUACUAUAGACAAUUUAUGAACAGAUUAGUACGAGAUAAUACAACUGAAGUGAGGGCAAAAGAAAGAGAAAGAAAUCAAUAAUAAAUAAAAUAGUGCACAAGUGGGGUGUUAAGCCGAGGGCAGACUCAAGUUAAACCCACCCUUAUAGAGAACACACAGAUGUGAAAGCAUUUUUUUAGUUACUUAGGUAGAUACACCCUUUGUAAUUUCCAGUAGCUACAUUGUGAAGCCAUGUUUGCUGUACUUCCUGUUUGCACCAUGUCUUCAAAAUUUGUCAUUGCUCUUAUUAGCGCCCUGAAGAAGAAGAUUCAGGAGUCGAAGACGAUGUGGUUUAUGGAGACGGAUAAACGUAUUCUGGAAGAGCUGAAGAGUCUGCACUGUGAUCCACAUCCCUUCAUCAAAGUCUUCCCCUCAGAGUCUGACUUCAGUGAGUGGCACAUUUCAUUGGAUUUCUUUCUAUCCGGGGUCAUGCAAUUGAUCAGGGUGAAAUUUUGCAACAAGUCAACUUGUGGCAGAAUAUAUUUUAAAAAAAUUCUGUCAUCAGUUUAUUUUCGCAUUUCCACAAGUUUUGUUUUGACUUUUUUCAGCUUUCUGGAAGAUUCUGAUGCAAGGUCCGCCUGACACGCCAUAUGAGAGAGGAGUGUUUGAGCUGUACUGCCAGUUCGGUCCUGACUACCCAGUGAAGCCUCCGCUGGUCCGCUUCGUCACACCAGUAUCCUUCUUUUUACUAGAUUCAACACUUAAAAGCUCACAAGGAAAAAUGGUUUUGAGGUAAAUUAGUUAACUUAUGAAUCAGGUAAUAAUCUCAUCAUGGUAAGGCUGUGAAUUCCCACUUCUAUGAUGAUAAUAUCAGAUGUUUUUUUCUUAUAAUUCUCAAAAUGUAAGACUUAAGUCGAAGAAAAACCUGAGCGUUAUGCCCCUCCCCCUCAGAAACCAUUGUUAUUUAUUCCCUUGUUAUUGCUCGUUCUUGUUACUGAUGGAAUAGUGUUACCUGUCAGCAAUGAAGCGCUUUUCUCUUGACUUGGAGUCAGUUGUACCACUGCAAUGUCAACAGUGUGGGUCGAAUCUGCCAUAACAUAUUUGACCGGAACUACAAUGCCCACAUCACCAUGAGAGAGAUCCUUGAAGCUGUUUACGGACUGCUAAUCAUCCCUGAACCUGAGGAUCCUCUGGACAGGUGAGACUGUCAACAAUGUAAAGUCACACUCUUGAUUGAGAUAGUCUGAUUUUUACCAUAAAUAACUUUUAGGUGGAGAAUGUUAUAGACUCAUCUUAACUUCAUUCUGUUGGCUGAUCACAAAUGUCUAUAUUUCUACUUUGGAGCUGAUUCUGUUGUUAAUUAUUUAGCUUUAUAACUGUUUGACCCUGCAGUAACUCCUCAUGAAAUACUGUAUAAUGUAUUGCCAGUAGCAGGAUUAUCUUUAGAUUUUUUUGCCCUGUGAAAGCAUUUUAGCAGAAGAGUUCAUGACGAGCCGUGAGCUGUAUGAACGAGAAGCCAAGAAACAUACAGAAGAAACUGCAGGGAACUCGAUGGAUGACAUGGAAAAAGUAAAUAAGCCUCAAUACAAAGAAAUGAACAGAUGAGCAUCGAUCUUCUUUGACAAAUGACAGUUUUUGUUUCCAUUUAAAGACAAUGGUGGAUCUAGUGGUGCAGUUCAUACCCCAACAUCUGAUCUGUCCGCUCACCAAGAAGAUGUUUGUUGACCCUGUGAAAACGGUGUACGGCACCGUUUACGAACGCAGAGCCAUUGAGGAACACUUGAAACAGUGAGUUCAUUUGCUGCUAUACCAAAAGUUAUUGCUAUGAGGUCCUAAAAGUGACCGGUACCUGUUUGGAAACCACUUGGAAGUGUUUUGAAUUGAACGUAGAACUCAUUCCCACUUUAAUUUAGACAUCAAACUUAAAGCAGUGGUCCAAGGGCCUCUGUUAAAAUAGAAAAAAAGGUUCACUUCUGCUGGUUAACAUAUUAAAGGGAGUGUAUAACACUUCUUUAUUUGAAAGUACUCCAUAUUCCUACACAUUUGUUUGCCUUGAAUGUUUACAUUUAUCAUCACAGUUGAGUUGACUGAGCUCUCUCUGCAGACACCAGUACGAGCCGCUGGCCGGACCACCACAUGAGCUGGAGAUGAGCGACAUCACAGCAGAUCACGACAUGAAGAAAAUGGUGAUCGAUUAUCGUUCAUGUCAAAUCAAAUCAAUGUGAUCCGGAAAACUGUGAAGCUUGAAUGAAGGAUUGUGGGAUCAUCCUCAGUAAUUUUAUACAAACUGAUCUCAGAUGCUGAUGAGUGGGAUCUUCAUGUCCCCUCAAAAUGCCAUGUCAGAUAUCAAAGUUCUCGUUGAUCUCUAAAUGCAAAAUGCACUUAAAUAUUUUGAGCUGUAUGAAAGUUAAAAUGAAGCUUUUGCAUCACUCAUGUUGUUAGUUGUCAAACUUGAAGUGCUUUACACUAUUACAACCUUUGUUUUCCUCACCUGUUCGUAUUUCUCACAGGUGUAGUUCAAGUCAGUUGUUGCUCCCAACUUCGAUUUUAUAUGCCAUCAAAAUCCCUUACUAACUUUUUUUUUAUUCUAUGAAAAACAUUUGAUUAAUAAAUGUUUUAAUAUAUUAUUGCUGUGGAGUAAAUCAAAGUUCCAGUUUUUUGAGUUUACCGUUUUUUGGUGGAGAUACAAAGAAUUUGGUAAGGAACUUCAGCAUCUUUCUUUCUUUCUCAGUUUACUCAUUUCUGAAAAUUUUAAGUUUAUUAAAGCAGAUGGUGUGUCUUAGUCGUAACGCACUGUCAGUUCCAAAGUUUGUGCUGCUUUGACACAUUUAGCUGUGUCAGUAGCUUGGUAGGAAAAUUUGGACUAAUUAUCGACCUUUUUCGUGAAGGGAAAACACGAGGAGCGCCACUUUUAAUACGGUGCCACGCCUUUUGUAAGUCCACAAGUUCAUAAUUAAAAAAACAUACAAACACA